GAUCACGUCCAGCAGAGAUGCCAGAUUUGCAGACAAGUCUGCAAAUUCGCAGACUUUUAAUUUAAGCUGCAGAUUUUUUCGAUGACGCAGAUAUUUGCAGAUUUUUCCGUUUGGUUGCAGAUAUUUGCAGAUUUUUUAGUUUGGUUGCAGAUAUUUGCAGAUUUUUGAAUAUAAAGGCUUUUGGUUACACUAGCUUGCCUCACAUUUUUUGUUCUUCCCAGACUUUUAAAAUUAUUAUUGCAGACAUUUGAAAAAAGUACCUGGCAUCUCUGACGUCCAGUUGGACAGUAGAACCGUGAAAACUUCACUGAGUCACUAGCGUCACGAGGUUCCAGCAGCAAAUAGGUUUUUUGGCCAGCACCGUCAGUAGCAAUUGGACCCCGUACCAGGCAGGAAAGAAGAUAAUUAAAAAUGAAGUUCAGCUGUACGUUAACGGCACUCCUUCUGCUGGGGACAUUGUGCUCCUGCAUUCAAGCUUCGGAUGUGCCUGUUUUCAUCUGGGGAAAGCCAUCUGUUACGUAUAUUCCCGCAUUGACCCAGUACGAAACAUCUGAAUUCUCGGCAUUGAUUGAAUCUCAAGCUGGUGCCGAUACAUUUACGAUUGUUUUCGUUGAGAACAGUCUUUCCACCGAAGACUUGAGCAAAUGCAAGUUGGGAACGCAGACCUGUUUCCGUAACCUGGCGAAGAUCAAUCGUAAAUCUUACCUGCCCAACGUGCAGAAUCCACUUGAAGCUUUUGAGGUUGAAGAAAAGAACGUUCAAAUGGUUCAGGUUUCGGAAGAUGGCACCCUUAGCGAGCGAAUUAUUCCUAAAGGUGGAGCAGUUGCUAUUGUAAAUUUGCAAGGUGGUGAUUUUGCGUCACAUGAUGCGACUAUUGAUAGCCUCUAUAGUCGCCUCCACGAGGAGUUCGACAACAUCUUAGCUGUCUACACAGCUGAAACUCCUUCCUUUAGUUACUCAUCGUUGAUUCGUCGCACACGUCAGGCCAAGCAGGAUGAUCAAGCGCCAACUAUGAAAACGCUUAUUGUUCCUAACACAUUCAUUAUAGCUUAUGAAAAAUUCAGUGCUGGUGCAGCCGAUCAGACUCUUACGGAAGUGUCUUUUGAUAAAGCAGUUAAGAGUGAAGCGAAUAAUUCUGACUCCACACUCCAAAUCGAACUGAAUGGUCCCAGCGGAGCAUUGGUGCUGAAUUUCCUGUUGACCCAAGGAUCGUGGGAAAUCGUGGGUGUCCAGUUCGAUAAUACUCCGUAUUAUCUGCGACAUCGAGUCCACGUGAACCAGGAUUUCUCGUAUCGUUGCAAUAGUCUGGCCUACGUUACCGGUGAUUCGAAAAAGCAAAUCGUAUUCGAUGAGGUGCAAAUUCAGCCUCACUGGGGAGCAGAGGAUGGCACAUUCACUAAAUUCGGUGAUGCGUGGAACUGUGUUGGUUUCACCACUCCAGGCAUCCUCACUGGGCUGUUUCUGGUGGCCAUUUUCAUCUUUAUUGGGGCGUUCGGCAUUACCUGGAUGAUGGACAUCCGCACGAUGGAUCGUUACGACGAUCCUAAGGGUAAGACUAUCACCGUUUCUGCGGCUGAGUAGUACGCCAAUGCAAUAAUUAGUAGCACAUUAUCCCUGUAAUGUGUGAGAAGACGCCCGUUCAGCACGGCUAUCGUAAGGUCGUUUAAGUUGUUGAAAAUUAACACACAUUGCUGAUGAAAAUAAAAAUACUAAACGAUAAA